AUGAGCGCCAACUACAACGUCAAUAGCCAGCGGGUGACCCGUCGCAUGUCCGGAACCCAACAAGGUGACCCGCGCAGAACGGGCAACGAUGCAAGCUUCGUGGCAUCUGGCGCAACAGAUCCGACCAGCCUAGUCCCUCGGUCGCAUACAGCGCCAGGAUCGUCGUACGGAGGUAGUUCGACGGCCUACGGAGACCGGUCCAGGGCUAUCUAUCAGCACAACGUCUCCCCUUACUCCAACCAGCCGCGCAAUCUAACGCCGUCUUCUCUACAUCAGUCGCCGCCCCGAUCCGCUUCCUUGAGCCAUGACCAGGGGAACUAUACUCUCAGGUCCAAUCAGCUUACUGGCCCCGGUCAGUCUGGCUAUCCCGGCGAACUUCCAAACUCAUACGCACAGCAGCCGGUUUCCAAUACCGCCCCGGGGACUGGUCAUGGAUAUCAUUCUCCUCCUUUCUCGCGGCCACCGGGGAGCGAUGAUAUCACGGAUUGCAUGGGGAGCUUGACGACAAGUCCAACCGGGGCCCAAUGGCCGAUCACCUCUACCCCCGGCCUUCACGGUCAUGCUGCGGGAAUCUCUCAUUCCGUUCAACCCAUAUCCCCGGGGAGCAAUCUGUCCCAGAAUGUGAUCUCGGGAACCAGCAGUACCCAUAACACUACACUGGAUCCGCGCUACACGGUGCAAAAGAACCCCAAGAGUUUCUUUAGGGUCGGACGGGUUUUUGCGAUUCUUUGGCACGAAAAUGAGGGCUCGAGCGGCCGAGGUACGCAAAGCUAUAUAAGCGAAGGCCCCGUGUAUAUAGGCCGAUUCAACGAGCCGGUUCACAGCGGGAUCCGGCGCAUGGUAGUCGUGAAGGCAUUGGAUCAGUGCGCUUGGUGCUUCCCCGUGAGCACAUACAGUCGCAAGGGUGUCGCGAAAACAGGAGUGGACCCAUCCAAGCAUGCCAUUAUUCAUAUGCAAGGCACCGAGCCCCAGCUUGGGCCCGGCGAGCCUCAUAUGACGAAGGAUCCGUUGGAGGUCCACCCGGCUUCGCCCGAUCAGAAACUGGAUCAUAUGUCCCGGUUGAAUUUUGGAAAGAUUUAUACGGUCGAACACAAUGUGAAAGUGUUACCAGUUGGUAAAAUCACCGAGCGAUCAAUGCCGCGCUUCCAGAACUAUGCGACACGCGAAUUCAAUGCCAUGUCAUGA